AUGGACUCGAGCUCAUCUGACGGCGUUGUGCAAGACCAAGCGACCGGAGCCGGACCCGGAGUUGGCAAUGUCAUCAAUUCGGAUGCAGUGUCCAACGCCGGUAACGUAGCCGAUCCGGUGCUACCACCGCUCUCACCAGGAGACUUUACAGUGUACAACCGACUGGCCAAGCAGAUGGACUACUUUCAUAAUCACUUUCGCUCAAUGUGGAAUAUGCUCUACACAGCUUGUACCCGUAACGGCAGUAGUCAAGGCACAGCAGAACUGACCGAGCGACAACUCAUCGAAGAAGGGCUCCGGCUCACUCGCUACCUAGAAGCUCACCACUCCAUUGAAGAGACCUAUAUAUUCCCCUUACUAGCAAAGAAGAUGCCUCAAUUCCGAGCGGCCGUUAACGCCCAUAAUCAUCAACAUCAAGAUCGCCGUCACCAUCAUCAAAGCGAAACGGAAGAAGACCAUCAGGAGGACAACAAAGAGGAGGGCAAGGAAGAAGAAGAAGAAGCAAACUGUGAACUAAUCCAACAACACCGCGCCAUCCACACGGGCAUGGAGCAGUUCGAGAUGUACCUGAGGGAUUGCAGGAGCAAGAAAGAGGCGUUUAGCCUGCCGGUGCUAAAGGAGAAAAUGGAUUCGUGGGGCGAGGUGUUGUUGAAGCAUUUGGAUCAGGAGGUGGAGGAGUUGGGGGCGGAGAGGAUGAGGAGGUUUUGGAGUUUGGAGGAGAUGGCGACUUUUCCGAUGUGA